AUGGCUGCACUCAGUUCUUUGAUCAUUUUUACCAAAUUAAUACUUUGUCUGAAACUAACAUAUUGCAUGGAGGUGGAUUUUUGCAUACCUGUUCGCGUGGAUCAGCAAAAGUAUGAAAAACAUCUGCACCGGCGCGCGGAGCAGAUGAAUGAAAGGCAGAUUGUUUUUAGACUGAAUGCAUUCAAACAGGAAUUUUACAUCCACCUCACGCCGGACUCUAGUUUCCUUGCACCGGGCAGCUUGCCGCCGGAGAGCGGUUCCACAGCAUCCAACGGCUCCGCACCCGCUGACCUUAGGGACUGCUUCUACUCCGGCGAUGUCAACACAGACCCGGACUCCUUCGCUGCCCUCAGCCUGUGUAAAGGUCUCCACGGGGGGUUCUCAUAUAAUGGCUUGGAGUAUUUCAUCAGCCAGACCAGGACUGAAGACGCAGCAGCUGCGUCUGGAUUUGGAAACUCUUUCGACAGGACGCAUGUCAUCCGCCGCCGGAGACGCGCUGCGCACUCAGCCGGCAACCUCACCAGCAGGUGCGGAGUUACACCUGACACCAACUUCAACAUCUCCCUGGAGAAAUACAAGCACAUGGGCGAAUUGGAGAUUGAUGGCUUAACUGAAACUGUGUUGAAAACCUUGGGGAGGUCCAAGAGGUUUGCCUCCAUCCCCAGGUUUGUGGAGGUGCUGGUGGUGGCAGAUGAAUCUAUGGCUGCAUUUCAUGGGGAUGACCUGAAGCAUUACCUCUUGACCCUGAUGUCAGUAGCAGCCAGGCUUUACAAGCACCCCAGCAUCCUCAACUCCAUUAACAUAGUGGUGGUGGGUUUCAUGGCGAUAAAUGAAGCUGACAAGGGACCUAAGGUUUCCAGUAAUGCAGCCCUGACUCUGCGCAACUUCUGCUCCUGGCAGAAGAAGUUGAAUAAACACAGCGACAAGCACCCAGAGUACUGGGACACUGCCAUACUGUUCACUAAACAGGAUCUUUGCGGGUCUACAACCUGUGAUACACUGGGGAUGGCUGACGUUGGGACCAUGUGUGACCCAAAGAGGAGCUGCUCUGUCAUUGAAGAUGAUGGCUUGCCCUCAGCCUUCACAACUGCCCAUGAACUUGGACACGUCUUCAACAUGCCCCACGACAAUGUGAAAGCAUGCGAGGAGGUAUUUGGGAAACUAAAGGACAACCACAUGAUGUCGCCCACACUGAUUCAGAUCGACAGGAGCAGGCCCUGGUCUGUGUGCAGCGCAGCCAUCAUUACUGAGUUCCUGGACAGAGGUCAUGGAGACUGUCUGUUGGACCAGCCUCAAAGGCAGCUGUCACUCUCAGACAACCUACCUGGUUCCAGCUACAGCCUGCACCGCCAGUGUGAGCUCGCUUUCGGCCACGGCUCCAAGCCCUGCCCAUACAUGCAGCCCUGCUCCAAGCUUUGGUGUACCGGGAAGGCCCGUGGCCAGCUGGUCUGCCAAACCCGACACUUCCCCUGGGCGGAUGGCACGAGCUGUGUCAACGGCAAGGUCUGCUACAGGGGAGCCUGCGCUGAUAAGAACAGCACCAUGCACAUCAAGGUGGAUGGCCGCUGGGGGAAGUGGGGUGCAUUUGGAGACUGUUCCCGUAGUUGUGGUGGAGGAGUUCAGCUGGCCAAGAGAGAGUGUGACAACCCCGUCCCUGAGAAUGGAGGCAAAUACUGCUAUGGCCUUCGCAUCAAAUAUCGCUCCUGUAACCUCAACCCUUGUCCUGAAACAGGUAAAAGUUUCCGUGAGGAGCAAUGUGAGGCAUUCAAUGGCUUAAACCUGAACACCAACAGACUGGGCUCCUCUGUGGUAUGGGUUCCCAAAUAUUCAGGCAUCUCUCCUAAGGACAAAUGCAAGCUCAUCUGCCGCGCCAAUGGGACCGGAUACUUCUAUGUCCUCGCUCCAAAGGUUGUGGAUGGGACACCUUGCUCUCCUGACACCUCAGCUGUAUGUGUUCAAGGAAAAUGCAUCAAGGCAGGCUGUGAUGGCAAGCUGGACUCUCACAGGAAGUUUGACAAGUGCGGGGUUUGUGGUGGAGACAACCAGGGCUGCAAGAAGGUCUCAGGGAUGUUCACCAAACCUAUUCAUGGCUACAACUUUGUGGUGAUGCUGCCUACUGGAGCUUCAAAUAUUGACAUCCGUCAGCGCGGCUACCGAGGAAUGGUCAGUGAUGAAAACUACUUAGCAGUGAAGAAUCGACACGGCAAGUACCUAUUGAACGGCAACUAUGUGGUGUCCGCUGUGGAGCGUGACCUGCUGGUGAAGGGCAGCUUACUGCGUUACAGUGGCACCUCCACAUCUGUGGAAAUUCUUCAGGCCACCAGACCCCUUCAGGAGCCUCUGACUGUGGAAGUGCUCUCUGUAGGGAAGAUGACUCCUCCGAGGGUGCGCUACUCAUUCUACAUCUCCAAGGAGAGCAAGGAGGAGAAGACUCUGCGGAAAGAGGAGAGGAGCCACACAGCACAGAAUAGCGUCUUGGCGGACAGUAAUAGGGUGGAAGCAAAGAAGCAAGUGAUGGGUAAGAGGCCAGUCAGUCACUGGGUUACAGGAAGUUGGGAUUCAUGCACGGUGACUUGUGGGAAUGGUCUGCAGAAGAGGCUAGUGCAGUGCCAGAGCAUGGAGGGGCGUCCUGCAGUGGACUGUGACAAUGCUGACAGGCCUGUAGCAGUGAGAGCAUGUGGGGAUCCAUGUCCCGUGUGGGAUGUAGGGGCCUGGUCUCACUGUUCCAAAUCUUGCGGAAGGGGCUUUAAAAGGCGACCAGUGCGCUGCAUGACUGAAAAUGGUCUGAAUUUACCCAGAGACCACUGCUCUGGAAGGAGGAAGCCUCAGGAACUGGACCUCUGCAACCUGAAGCCAUGUUAGAGCAGAACAGACACAGCCCAAGGACUUAUUUUUGUCAGUCAAAGUGACAAUUUGACAUGAACCUUAGCUGACUGUGUCUGCAGGGGCAUCUGCUACACCGAAGAAAGCCAAUGGAGAAGGAGAGGGUCUCUCCCUCCAUUGUUUGAAAAGACAGAAAUCUGUUUAGACCAGAGAAAAGACGGAAAGCUGUCUUUUUGUAAACUGUCAAACCAUCUGCAGCAGGUUUGACUUGUGGUUAGUCUACCUCUAACAGGACAGAUGGCACAAUGCAAGAGCAUAUUCAGAGAGUAACAGAGGAGAAAGAUGCAGAGACGGUGAUCACACAUCUGCACACAAACAUAGUUUCUUGGUAUAGUUAUGUGUAUAGGAUGAGAUUGCAAAAGCAGAGAGAAAUGAAAGUCUAGGACAAACAGAUGGAGCAUUGUGAAGACUCACGCUGUGCAGUUAUCAGCAGCAGCAGCUCACCUGUGAAUUGACAUUUUUCUCCUUUCACUGAAGAACUAAUCGAAAUGUGAAACACAGUACUGUAUCAUUCAGGCAGGUCCAUGCAGUUUCAGCAGCUUUAUUUCUUUAUUUUCCAUUUGCCUUGAUUCACUGCUAUCGGCUGUUGUAUGAUGUAAAAAUCAAAGGCAGCAGCCAAUUACACAUUCAGUCAGUCAGAUCAUCUUUACAAGCUUUAUAUCCUUCCAAAAUGAAAAACAGUCAACAAUAUAUCCUACACACUUGAUACAUUGGAUCAAUAUCAAAGAAAUCGUUCAUUUUACUAGUGACCAAAAAUCUAAAAAAUAUUUUUUUAUAAGAGGAGAAUGAGCUAAGACAUUAUUCUAUAUAGUGAAUGUAGGCUGUUUGUAUGUAUCUGUGUCUGUUCUGUGUAAACCAAACCGACCAACGCUCAGUUGUUUGUUUCAUGCUGCCAAAGAAUUAUUAUAGCCUUCAGAAAAGCCUUAGUACUGUGAGAGACAGCUCUCUGCUUGAACCACACAGAAGCAUGGCUUGCUUACAUUACUGUCAUCACCUUCCUACUGUCCUACUGAAAUUAAUUCACACUGUUUUGUCUGCUACAACAACACAUCCACGUUAUUUUUGACAACAAAAAGGGAUGACUAAAUGUGAUUUCAGUUUCUGUCAAACACUCACUGCCCGGAGGCUUACAAGGUUGUAAAAUAAUCAGCCGACUAAUGGAUUAGGAAAGCAACAGAAAAUUAAGUAAGUAAUAUGCUGUAAAACUUCAAUUAAAAAUAAGGUCGCAAUCAUAGGCAGCUUCUCUUUACUAGCCUGGUGUGGCAACAUGUUUCAACAAAUAAAAGCAGGUCUUAAUUAGAGGCCUGGUCUGGAUUUUAUAGAAGUUCUUUGGAUGUAUAAAAACUCUUAAAACCCACUGUGUCGCCCAUUUCAGCGUAUUCUAAGCUGCUGAACAAAUAUAGUAAAACUACACAAAUAUACAUGUUUAAGCUUUUGUCAGUACGGAUACUACGUUAGAUCAGUUAGAUUCUCCACAAUUCAAUCCUUCAGUUCAUUUUGAAGAAACUAUGAGCAGAGUGAGUGAAAUAAUCAAAAUCAAAAAUAUUAUUGGUUCCAGUUUCUCAAUGUGAGGUUCUUGUUGCUUUUUCCCCUUUUAUGUGAGAGCAAAUUUAACCUUUUUGCAUUUUAGACUGUUUGUCUGCCAGAGCGAGCAAUCUGAAGACUCUUCUUCUUGUUGGGCUCCAGGAAAUUGUGAUUUGGAUUUUUUUACGUUAUUUUCUGAUAUUUUAUUGAUAAAACGAUUUAAGUUUUUAGUUCCUUCCUGAAGUAUAGAAGUUGUUUUGAAAGACCUAUCAAAAUAUCUCAAACCACUCCUGCAACACAGACAACUUUUCUACUCAGUAUCUAUGACACUAAUAUUUAUCUACUUGAUUAGCAAUAAUAAUAAUAAAGGUUUAUCCAUAGAGUACUUUUCAAGUAAAAACUGCA